AUGUAUGUAGGUUAUCUUCUGGAUAAGGACGCCAACAUGUAUCCCAGCUCGGUCCGGCACCCCAGCCUCAACCUGAACCCCCAGAAUUAUGUGCCGGGGCCGCCCCAGUACUCGGACUUUGCCGGCUACCACCACGUGCCGGGGAUUAACAGCGACCCGCACCACGGGCAGCCCGCGGGGGCCUGGGGCUCUCCCUACACCCCCGCCAAGGAGGACUGGCAUUCGUAUGGGACCGCCGCCGCCUCGUCCGCCGCUGCCCCGGGGCAGUUUGGAUUCAGCCCCCCGGAUUUUAACCCCAUGCAGCCGCCGGGCUCGGGACUGCUGCCGCCGCCCAUGAGCAGCGCGGUGCCCCAGCUCUCCCCCACUUCCCAGAGGCGCACCCCUUACGAAUGGAUGCGGCGCAGUAUUCCCAGCACCAGCAGCACUGGCAAGACCAGGACGAAAGACAAGUACCGUGUGGUUUAUACAGACCACCAGCGCCUGGAGCUGGAGAAGGAAUUUCACUACAGCCGCUACAUCACCAUCCGCCGCAAAGCAGAGCUGGCCGCUGCCCUGGGGCUCACCGAACGGCAGGUGAAAAUUUGGUUUCAAAAUCGGAGGGCGAAGGAGAGGAAGGUAAACAAAAAGAAAAUGCAGCAGCAAAGCCAGCCCACCAGUACCACCACACCUACACCUCCAGCUGUUGGCACCCCAGGGCCCAUCGGAGGCCUGUGCAGCAGCAGUGCCCCAAACCUUGUCUCCUCCUCUCCACUGACGAUUAAGGAGGAAUUCAUGCCUUAA